UACGUCUGGAUAGGAAUUACAUUGGCCAUGACAGGAAAGUUUUUCAUCACGGCAGCAUUUUCUAUAGUUUACCUGUACUCUGCGGAACUAUUUCCGACACCUUUAAGGUCUAUCGGUGUUGGCUUGUGUUCCAUGACAGCUCGCAUAGGUGCUAUGCUAGCGCCUCAACUAAUUUUCCUCGGUCAACUAUGGGAGCCACUGCCACCAGUAGUGUUUGGUGUCACGUCCAUUAUAGCUGGACUUUUGAUAAUGCCACUGCCUGAGACUAGAGGUAGGAAAUUACCUGAGACAAUAAUGGAGGCUGAAGAGUUCGGAAAAAAGCGAAAACAGAAGAAGAAUCGCUGGUAUCCCGGAUAUGGAGAAAUCAUGAAAGUUGAGGCUGAUGGGAAAUAUGAGAUGAAUCGUCUGUAGCAACACC